UUCUUGUUCAACUUGAAGACAUUUAAAUUUUUAGAUGAAUUUAAUAAUAUUAUUAUAAAUCAAGUUGAGGGAUGUAUCCAUCAAGUUCAACCAUAAGGUUGUUGUCUACUUUUAGAAAGUCUUCUUCAAUAAUAGCAUGUGCAGAUGUUUCACAACAUCCUUGUUGUGCACAUACUUGUGCAAAAAGAAAGAUAUUAUUGAAGCAACAUGGUUGCAGGACAAAUUUUAAAAGAAAAAUCUCUGUGUUUGAAGUUGAAAAAAAAGAAACUUUGAAGUCAUUUGCUAAAGAAAUAUACAAUGCAAAAAUUAGUAUGAAUUGGGUGUUUCCAUAUCCAACUCUUGAAGGCAGCAAGGAGUUGAAUGAAUUUCACGAAAAUUUGAAACCAAUCAAUGAUUUUUUAUCAACAUAUGAAAUUAAUUCAAAGAAACUUGAUGAAGAUGCAGAAAUACCUAAAGAAUUAGUGGAGGAAUUAAAGAAGCUUGGCUUAUUUGGAAUGUUAAUACCUGAAGAAUAUGAGGGAAAGGGUUUGAGCAACAUGAAAUUUUUGAAAAUAUCUGAAGAUUUAGCAAGUGCUGAUGCAUCUGUUAAUAUGAUGGUAGCCAGUCAUAAUUUGCUCGGGGCACAACCAAUUUUGAUGUUUGGAAAUGAGGAUCAAAAGAAGAAAUAUUUACCUAAGAUGGCAAGUGGUGAAACUAUUGCUGCUUUCUGUUGUAAUGAAGCGUCUUGUGGAAGCGACAUAAAUACUAUGCAAACCAGAGCAACACUCAGUGACGAUGGUCAAUUUUGGCUUUUGUCUGGUGAAAAAACCUCAAUAAACAAUGCUGAUAUUGCUGAUGUUUUUAUUGUUUUUGCUAAAACCGAAGUGGUUGAUGUUGGUGGAGGAAUCAAAGAUAUUAUAGCAGCAUUUAUUGUUGAACAAAAUUUUGGGAGAAUUCAUAUCGGUCCUCAGGAAGAUAAAAUGGGAAUGAGAGCUUUAAAUACCUCUGAUAUUAUAUUCGAUCAAACUCCAGUUCCAGUUGGAAAUAUGAUUGGUGAAGUGAGAGAUGGAUUCAAGAUUGCUACAGAUACUUUGAAUUAUGCGAGGUUGGGACUUGUUGCUGGUAUGAUAGGACCUAUGAGAGAUGCAGUACAAUUCUCACUUGCCUUCAAUAGUCAACGAAAACAGUUCGGGAGACGAUUGGAAGAUUUUGAACUUGUUAAAGAACGAAUUUUCAGAAUGAAUUCCAACAUAUAUCUAAUGGAAAGUGUAGCUUACCUAACAAUGGGAAAAUAUGACCAAGCAGUCGAAGAAGACAAAAUCCCUGACCUUUCCGUAGAAUCUGCUAUAAGCAAGGUAUUCUGUGCUCAGAAAGCACAAGAAAUAGCUAAUGAUUAUGUUGAAUUGUUCGGUUAUCGAGGAUAUACAAGAAAUUUUCCAUGCGAGCGUUUGUUCAGAGACAGCAAAAUGUUAUCGCUGUCAGAGGGAACUGAAGAUGUUUUAAAGAUGUAUAUUGCAUUGUGUGGCUUGCAGAAUGCAGAAGGAUACUUAGAUAAAAGACUAAGAAAUCGAAAGAUCGGAACUGUACGACAACAAAUAAGCUCCUUAUUUGAUGAGUUUCGAGAUCACCGUAGUAAUGAAUAUAUCAAAAAAGGGUUUGGGCAGAAAAAAAUCCCUUCAUUUGGUCUAACAACAGAUUCUAAAACAAAAACGUGGCUCGAUCCAAGAUUGAAGGAAUGUGCAUUGACAAUAGAAAGAUUAUUGCUAAGCUUUUACCGUAAAGUUUACAGAAAUAUAGAAUAUUUUGGAAAUGGAAUUAAUGAAGAACAAAUUCGUUUACGGAAACUUGCUGAAAUUACAAUAGCUUUAUACUCGUUGCUUGCUACCAUGUCUCGAUGCAACAAAACAUUAAUUCUAGGAUUGCGUCGAUCUGACACAGAGUAUAGGACCAUGGUAGCGCAUCUGCAUGUUGCUUAUCGUGAAGUUGGACAUUUACUUGAAGAACUUGAAAAAAAUUUUGGAAGUCCGACAAAUGAUUUGAGAAGAAUUUGUAAAGAUCUCAUCGAUGAACGAAGAUAUUUUAUUGCACAUCCACUCGAAUUAGAACACAGAUAUUUGGAAAAUCCUAUUUAUCUUCAGCAUUUUGUAAAUGUUAAAAGUUUGUCUGAAUAAACGUUUUUUCCUCAUUCUA